AUGGCGGCAAUAGCAGUAAUCGUUUCGUCAUUUCUGAAAAGUAGUACUAAGUCACGGAAGCAAGUGAAAAGUUCAGUCUUACACGAUUGGCGUCUUGUGACCGGACUUUUUCUUAGAAGGGUGGGGUGGCCCAAAAUAUUUUAAAGGUGGCAACAGUGACAUUUCUUUGCGAUGGUGGUAAAUUGAGAGCCAUUCAAGUGAAGAUUAAGAUUUUACAGAAUCCUACGGAUCCGGAUCCUCUCCCUCUCGUCUCCCCAGUGGUUACAUUAUUUGGCCAACUGUAAGGCACUUAAUGUUGCUGUUGCGGUUGUAACUGGUACAUGGCGGUGAGUGUCUACAUCAGUCUCCUGUGAGUUACUUGCUUGUGAGUCAGUUCUGGACCAAUCAGCCUAUUCUUGGCGCCCCGCUAAGAUUAAUUCCGGACGUGCAAAGCUGAGGACUAGUUGCUGAGGGGAAGACGGCAUGGGAGGAGGUCAUUCCAAACCUGAAUGCAACAACAACGGACAAAGCACCAACACCGUAGCCCCAACACCUCCGUUCUCCUUCUGGGAGCGCACCAACAUACAGUAUUUGCUCUUGGCCUUUUUUGCCGGGGUCCUGCUCACGCUGCUGCUGUUGGCCCUUAUCUUCUUCGUCAUAAAGAGCUACAGGAAACGUCACUCUAGUCCCUGCGCCCUGGAUCCUCCCUUCGAUCCUCACUCUGGCCAAGAUCCUCCGGCCAAGCUUUCAUCCCCAGAGGAAGCACUCACCUAUGCUAGCAUGACUUUCCAAAUCACAGAAAAGAAUCAUCACCUGACUGAGAAACCUUCUGCAGGCUUGGAUCCGGUUGUUUACUCUCAGAUCAAAGUGACAAACUCACCCGACCUUUCCAGUGAGGCUUGACACCAGUCCCUCUUAUCUCAGCUCCGUCUUUAUAUAUCACUUUCCCUUUGGACAAAUUUGGGACCACAGCCUGACCAGACUACAGUUGGAGUUGUUGGGGUGUGAUCUGGCCAUGUUAGCCAGCAUGUUUGAAGACCAAGGGCCCAUCUUUCCCUUGGCCUGAGAAAAGAUUGCUGGCCCGGCCGCUUGAACGGACAGUCUGAUAGCCCCUCAAGGGCUGAGACUGCCUCGCUCGUCCCCUUUCAACGAGUGUGGUAGUACAGAGCUCAGGGCACAAAGAGUGUUCACUCAGGGCUGCUGAUCAGUUUGGGAGAAGUCAACCAACUGGGCAAGUUAGCAAGAAUUACGAAUAAAAGCAAACCCCCUGCAAA